AAAAAAUAGGCAAGUCGGUACCGGGUAGUCACCAGUCAGCUCGACUGGACACUCAUUCUCAAGUCACCUGACCAAUCAGUGUUCAUAAACAAGUUCUGAAGCACGGACAGGGAGAUUCGCCAAGGAACUUAAGACCAGCGUAGCAGUGAAGAUGACUUCAGCUUCUGACAGAGCAAUUCUCAACUCCAUCUUCAAUCCUCUUCUGCCAGUUGGCGAGUGCGUCUAUGAAGAAGAUAUACCAGCUGAACUUAAAGAUGCUGAUGAUGACAGCCCAGAGGGCCAAAAAGCAAAGGCUAUGGAACUUGAAGGCGUAAAAGCAGCGGAGGCAGGGGACGUUGAAGGUGCAAUAAAGUUCUUUUCAAAUGCUAUUGAUUUAGCUCCUACAAGAGCUUCUGGCUACAACAACAGAGCACAGGCACUGAGGCUACAGGGAAAAAUUGAAGAUGCAUUGGCCGACCUCAACAAAGCUAUAACACUCUCCGGAAGUAAGGGCCGAGCUGCCUGUCAAGCUUACACACAACGUGCCAUGAUCCACCGACUACAAGACAGAGAGAAGUCAGCGCGCAGCGACUUCCAAGAAGCAGCGAAUUUGGGUUCAGAGUUUGCUAAAGCUCAGCUUGUCCAGAUGAACCCCUAUGCUGCACUCUGCAACAAAAUGCUUCAUGAUGUGUUUAGCAAGCUGCAACGAGGAGAAUGUGAAGGUGUGUAACUGCUCUUCCACCUAAUCGAACAGACUCAACAAAGUUACGUCAAAAUGCACGAGUUUUUAAAAUCACUGUGUAUAGGUUGGCAAAACACUGAUUAACAAAAAAAAAUUUACUUCAAAUGAUGAUUACAUGCAACAGGAGAUGUGAAAAUUUUAAAUUUAGAGUAUUAGGACAAUUACAUGUAGCUUUAGAA